CAGAAAGUGAACAUGGCGAUCAGUAACAGAUGGCAAAACAGCUGAUCGUGUAAAGUCCCACAAAACAGAGAUAAAGGAGAUAACAAUACACACUGAGAAAGCGGUGGUUCUAAAAGGCAAUUUUCUCCAACUGACGUCAAAUGGAGGCGGUUUUCUUUGAUGCAAGGAUCGAAACACAAGGGGACUUAGCGGCGAAGAGAGUUUCUCCUUCAAAGGGCAUAUUGAAAAUUGAGUCCUUACGUAACGCGCACAAUUACUGUGUGCGUUAUUUGGCGAGGCAAUUAACUCAGUGUUGGGGGAACAGAACAGCUGUUUGAAGGAGUUUGUUUAAUGUAAUAGUGAUAGUUAAUAGUUCACAGUGUAGCGUCCAUUCAGUGUGGUUGGAAAAUUUAUGCUGACUCAAAGGUUGUGAUAAACAGUGGGUAUUGUAUUACAGCUGAUGAAACUUUGAUUUGCUCGUUAUCAGCCUUUUCAACUUUACGAAAAGGAAAUUUUGCUUACUUGGAGAAAAGAUGUGAGUGAAUUUUAAAUAUCUCCAAUUUUACCGGUAGUCGAUCGCCUCUCGAGAGGCUAAUUUUGACAACUUCGUUUGAAACAAUUUCAACCAAAUGGCCACAAGAUCGACCGAUUCCAGACCUCUGGUGGAGAUGGACUCAUCAGCGGAGGAACUCGAAGGAGAUGCAAAUACACAGGGAAACUUAUGGACUGGUAACGCAAAAUCUCUCUUUGACGAUAGCGAAGAGCCGUCGGAAUCUGCGGAAAAACAACCACUGUCCUUGAAACGUCGGAUCGUCUUGGUAGGCGCAUUGUUGCUAUGUGUGUUUACUAUAUUCGCCUUUGCUUUUCUUCUUCCGUGUCAUAAACCAAAAUGUCAGAAGCUCCCAGUCUGUCCUGGCAAGGGGCAACUGACAGCAGUGAACUGGACUCACCAAUUUGGUGGUAUUAUUCCUGUUGUGACUUCCUUGGUUGAUGUGACAGGAGAUGGUAGGCCAGACGUUAUAGUUGAAUUUGACAUAAAAGCGAUGGAGUCAACAAAUUCUUCAUUCUUGAGCCAACUUUGUAAUUACAAAGAUUGUCACGGCAGUGGUCUUUUGGCCCUGCAUGGAUCGUGUGGUAAUAGUCUGUGGGUUUUCAGUCGCAAUUCCUCCCUUGGACUUUUGGCUUGUGAAAAGGCCACAGAGGGCAUUGAUGAAAAAAACAACCAACAUUGUUUGUUCAUUGAAGAAAAAGUAAAUCUUGUUUUUUUCAACCCAGAGAAUGGAACCACCAAGUGGAAAUCAUCAUUUAGUGGUAAAGUUGGUUCAAUUAAAUUUGUCAGUGAUGUUGAUGGUGAUGGUGAAAAAGACAUUGUUUUCGUCAGUGACCUUCCCAUGGGUAACAGUAAAGGUUAUAUCAAUUUGGUAUCUGGAAAACUAGGGAAACUUCUUGGCAACCCUGUACCAUUGCCUGGAGGUCACAAUAUCAGUAAUAUCCUUGCUGCUCACACUCUCCCGAGUAAACAACAGUUUGUUAUUGUUGGUACAUUAGCACACAAGACAAAUACAACAUCACUUUGGGCGAUGUCAGUUCACAAUUUGUUUGAGAAAGUAACCCAGCCAACAAAAUCAAUUCCAGGAGAAGCAUGGGGAAAACAUGUACCAGACCCACACACCGGUUUCAUCAGCAUUCUUAAAGAUGCUGUUUUCCUAAUCCAGCCGUUGUUGACAGAUUUGGAUGGUAAUGGGGUGAAAGAUGUUGUUUUUGUAAUCAAAGAGAAUGGUACUUCUCUUCUGGCCAUGAAUGGCACUGAUUUGGCUGUUGUGUGGAGAAUGGUAGUACCUUCUGAUGCAGUUAUUCACAAGUAAGUGUUCCAAUUUUGUUACUCAACUAUUGCAUAGAAUUAUUAUAGCCUGACAUAUUGUUUAAUUAAUAUGGUUAAAAACAAUCCUGUUUCCAUAUGAUUAGAAAGUGACCAUUGUGUUUUGUUUUUUUGUAUUGGCUUAAAAGUAACAGAAUUACCCUUUUUGAAAUUUGUUUCUAGAAACUCAAAGUCUGCUCCAAAAUUACCUCUCCUUGUGCUUGCAAGUUGAUCACAGCUGCAGUAUAUAUGGUCAUCGCAAAUCCUUGUUUUAAAUUUUGCCACCAAUGAAGUGUUGCAAGUGAGCUGGUUCAUUAUUGUGGUCUUCUUUAGGUUACCCCCCCCCCCCUUUAGGAGUUUGACAGGGUUAUAGUGCAGUUAGAUUGAAAUUAUUUAAAGCCAUUGUCCGCAGGACUGCAAGAAUAAAGUAUCCUUUCCAAGAUUUCAAUUCAGUCACCCUUUCCAGGUUUUGAAUCUGAAUGUUUCAAACUUAAGUACAGCAUGCUUAUUGCUUGAUUAUCUUACCAGAAAUGCAGGAUACAAGUUUCUUUUUCUUUUUCAUGCCAGGUUGUUUUCAACUCCGCACUCUGUUAAAGAAAAUGUGACAGAUAUUGGAUUGUUUGUUGCUCACACAAACAGUUCCUCCUCACUGCUAGUCAUUGAUGGUCGCACAGGGGAGAUAAGUUGGUCUUUUCAUAGCAGGACUGGUCUUGCUGUGGCACCAGUCCCUGUACCAGGACUUAGUGGUACCCAAAAGGCUUUUGUGAUCUGGAUGCCAAAGCCUGAGGCUAUGACACUGAUUUCUAAAUCCAGAAAAUCCAGAGACAUUUCACAUCAAGUGUAUGAUUGGAAUUCUGGUGAUGUCAGUCAAAUGAUGAAUGAUAAAUAUGCAAGACCACAACCAAGAAAGUUGUUUUCAGUUAGUUCAGAUUUAAUUGAGAAAAACAAAUUUGAUAGGUUAUUUACAAAAGCAGCUCCUAUAUCUCCAGAAGAGAUAGGUAAUGACUUUGGUGAUGAUUCUAGUUUUCAUAACCAGGAGGACUUCAGCAAAGUUAACAGUGACGACAUGGCCCUGAAGGAAUUUGAACUUUAUCUUUUAGAGGACAUUUUAAAGAAAAUUGAUAAUCCCAGUUUUGCUGCAAAAAAGCCUCUAAGGUCAAUAAAAGAAGAGGAAAGAGCUGACAGAAAAUGGCUUGGAGCAGGGAAAGAGAAGCCUUCUGUUUUACAUCAGGGGGGUUUCCAGGAGCAUGCAAUUCCAUUUACAAAGGACACAAGGCAUAAAGGUGUCAGUGGAGAGGAGAUUAUUGAAGUCAAGGCAGAUCCACAUGUGCGCAAUGAUCUGGAAGAGCAACUGAGUGAUUUGACCAAUCAUAGGAAAGAGGAGGCUGUAUUUGACAUUAAAAAGGAGAGGGCACUCCUUGCAUCAGCAUCAAAAGAUUCCUCAUCCCUGCAACCCAGGCAAGAAAUUCUCAAGGACUUUCCUGGAAAGCAGUCCAGGAUGGAAAACCAAGACAUUGAGGUAAAAAUUUUGCCAGGGAAAUCCACUGUCACUCAGCAAUUACAUGCAGAAUAUCAAAGAAAAGAAGAUUCAAAGUUGGAAGCAGUUGAAAAGCCAUCCUAUCAUAAGCGAUCAGUGACAUCCUUACCAAGAGGAUCCAAGUGUGCCAAACAUUUUGGUGACAUUGCAGAUGCUUAUGUGGCUGUUCUCUUGGUUAAGACUGUUGAUGGAAGACAGCUGUUGGCUGGCAUAACAGAGGAAGAUCCUCUAUAUUUGGGUAAGAGCUGGGUCAGAGGUUAGGGAGGGGGGGGGCAUGGGGUGGAAGACUACUUCCUUUUCAUUAAAAUCACACCUAAAGGAAUUUCUGGAAGUUAAACAUUUUUUUAAUACUUUCAUUGUUUCACUUGUUAAAGAUAAUUGUCGAAGGAAGAAUUUCACAGCUAAAUAGAGAUGAUGCUGCUGGAGUAAGGAGCUUGUGGUUCAUAUAGUUUGCCCUUUGGCCACAUUUCUAACACAUCUACACCCCCUACAUAUCAAUAGAACCUUGUUUUUUGACAAGACAACAAACUUUUAACUAGAUAAUGAUUUAAAAAUAAGAGUUAUGUUCAUUACAAAUGUGGUUUUUAUCCCUGUCACUUUUUAGAUCAAUCACCUUUACGGCCAAUUUACAUGCCAAGAUGGUGGUUGGCAAACUGGUUAUGGCCUCUGAGUUAUUUUACUUCUUGAGACUUUUAACCUAUCCUCCAUGCCCUACCCCUCCCCUCUCCUUCCUUUGGACCAUUUAUUAAAAUCAAAGGUGGCAGCUAAGAUAUUCACCCAGAAUACUGAACUUUGUUCAUCAAAGUCAUGCCUGCUCUACAUGCUAAGAAUGUUACUUAAUGAUGAAACAGUCAAACGAGAUUUGUGUAAUUUUGUUAUUUACUUAAAAAAGGGGUAUGAACUAAUAAAACUGAUUGAUGACUCUGAGACAAUAAUUGACCUAUAUACACGAGGUUGAUGUUUACAAUUGGCAGGUGUGAGCCCUAUGCAUGACUGAUUUGCCAAGAACACUAGUCUGAUAACAUUAAUUGUGGGUUCUAAAUGUUCUUUUUCAGGUUCUGAUGACUACAAAAGCUUGUUUAAGACCAGGGCAGGUGAUAAGAAAGCCAAUCCUUGUUUUCGGUUGGUUCCUCACAUUGUUUCACAGCCUCUGAUUAGAGAUUCUGAUGAAGGCUUGGAUCUAGUGUAUACAGUCAGCUUUGUUUCUAAAGGUCACUCAUUACAUGUGACAGAAAUAAGAAAAAUGCCAAUGGAGGCUGUCUUUGAACUUCUUGAAGGUGUUUCAAAAGAUACCAGGCAGCAUCAAAAUAAAAGAGGGAUCGAUUCUUUCAAAUUUCCAAGAGUUUGGAAAUAA